GAGGUUUACAAUUGAGAAAAAAACUAAUCGAUAUUUAAUAAAAUGUAUGGAGAGUGAGACAUGACUGUUGACAAGUUGGGCAGAUUCAAAGCGAAGGGAUGAACAUUCUCCCAUUUUGCAGUGAAAACUCUCUUGCAUAAGGCCUCUGCAAUCUCUCUGAAAAGCUUAAAUCAUACUCUCAAUUAUAUGACUUGGGUUUUGUCUAUUAAAUAUGCAGACUACAAAAAGAAUUGCCGACCAAGAUGAAAUUCGUAGUAUUUUAUGCACUGAACUCGGUACUAACGGUGAAGGAUUAAAACUGAAUGAAUUGGUAAAUUGCAUCCGUAAGGUUGCAUCAAAGACCACAGAGAAAGCUAUCACGGAAGUACUAGACCAAAUAGCUUCAGUUUCAGAGGGAAAUUACAUUCUAAAACCAAAAAAUAAUGGUGACUCCCCAAGGUCCACUGAAGAAAGUGCAAGUUCAGACUCGGGUUCAGGUUCAGAGUCAGGCUCAGAUUCAGGUUCAGACUCAGGCUCAGGGUCGUACUCAAAUUCGGGCUCAGGCUCAGGGUCAAAAUCAGGCUCAGGCUCAGACUUGGAAUCUGGCUCUACCUCUAGCUCUGCCUCAGGCUCAGGUUCAGAUGGAGAUAAAAAACCAAGUCCUAGGCAUAAAAAUGAUGGGAUAUCUAGUGACAGUGACUUCGUUUCUGGAGGUGAAAAAUCGAAGGCAAAAUGUAAGGGUAACAGUGAUAAAAGUAGAGAUAGUCCUCCUGGAAAUAAUCAAUCCGAAGUACUGAGUCGUAGUGGUUCUAGAAAUAAAAAUGCCAAAGGGAAGAGUGACAGUGAUUUUGAUAAUAAGAAAUUGAAUGGGAAGAUAGGAAAAGGGAAGAGUGACAGUGAUUCUGAUAAUAAGAAAUCCAAAGGGAUGAGAGACAGUGGUCGUCGUGAUGAGAAAUACAAACAGAAAAAAUGUGAGUUGAAGAAUGACAAUUACAGUGGAAGUGAGAGUACAAGUACAAGUGGAAAUGGAAUCAACAGUUGCAACACAAACAGAAGUGAUGAAUCUGAAUCUAAGAAACAAAGAGAGGACGAGGAUGGAGAUGUAGAUGUGGAUGUUGAUGAAUCUGAUUCUGGAGAGAGCAAAGAGGAUGAAGACAUGGAUGUGGAUAUAGGGAGUAAAAGUAAAAGGUUUAGUGGUAGCGACUGUAAAAAUGUAAGUGAUAAUUGGAUAUCUAAUAGGCAAAAAGAAGAUGAAGAUGUGGAUGAUGAUGAUUCUCAAUCCAAAAAGCAAAAGGAGGAUGUGAUUAAGGGGAGUAGUGGUGAAGAGGAGGAUGUUAAGAUGAGAGCCUAUAAACCUCUCCCAAGCAAAUCAGCUGAGGAUAAUCCACAGAAUGAUGAAAGUGAUGACCAGAAUGAGUCUGAUGACCCUGAAGAAAGUAAAGGGGCUGAUGAAAAUGAUAGUAUUGAUAGUUGGUUAAUGGAGAUUGAUGGUGGUGACAAUGAAAUGAUUGAUGAUAAAGGGGGUGAUGACAAUGAUAGUAUUGGUAGUUGGUUGAUGGAGAUUGAUGGUGGUGAUGAUGAAAUGAUUGAUGAUGAAGAUCAGCCUCCUGAAGAAAACAUCGACCCAAGCUAUUAUGAUCCACAUUUCAAGCCGGCUAAACAUAACGUAGAGUUGGUCUUUGAUAAUGAAGGGUAUGUAAGUCCCACUGCAAGGAAGCAUGUUGGAUAUAAAGAGAUCAGUACAACUAAAGAUACCAGUGCAAGCAAGAAGAGACCAUUGGAUGAUUCAACAAAUUUGAACAGAGACUCUGAAGCUACAAACAUGCGAAAGCCUAAGAAACCCAAGAUUGCAGUGGUGCGGGAAGGUCCAAUUCUAGGAAGGAGUAGAGUUCAGCAGGAUCCUCCCAAACAAGAUUCAAUACAAGCAAAGUCUUUAAAAUUCAAAGAGGAACCAAAGAAAGAGAAGGCAACCAAUAAUAUCCCUGUAAAUCUUAAAAUAGUUAAGGAAUCGAAGGAACCAGAGUUAACCAGAGAGGGGGUUACAAAAUUUGAAAUGCCUGUAUUGCUAAAUAAACACAGGGCAACGAAGGGGGGAGGUAGUACAAAUGGAGUUGCCCAGGAAGCUGAGAUUUUAUUAGGUAAAGGGAAACAACCUAAGGAGUUAGUUGGAUUAACUUCAAAGGACCAAAAUAGGCAGGCAAACAAGGGCAUAAUUAGCUUAAAGGAAGUCUCCACAGAAUCUACGGUUCGACCAGGCAAAGUAAAACAUACUCAUGUCUUAAGUGAAAACGUUUCAAAGGAACAAAUGAAGCAAAAAAACAACGAUAAUACUAGUUUAAGGGGAUCCUCAAAACAAUCUGUUAGGGAACCAGUUCAAGCAAAACAUAUUCAUGCCCCAUCCAUAAAAGCUUUUCAAGAGCAAAAGAAGCCAACCAAAGGGGGAGUUACUUCCAAUGAAUCCUACAAAGAACCUGACACUACUAAACCUGUUCAAGUAAAACAUCCUCAACCCUUAAUCCUCAAGUCUUCAGAGAAACAAGAGAACCAGUUAAUUAAGGGGAAAGCUAGUUCAAAUGAAGGUCCCAAGGAAUCUGGCAGUACUGCACCGAGUCAAUUAAAACGUUCUCUAGCCUCAGUUGACAAGCAUUCACAAGAACAAAAGAAGGCGCCAAGCAAGGGGAAGGUUAGUUUGAAGGAAGACCCCAAGGAAUCAACUAAGACAGGAAAGGAUGAACAACGCAAACUCUGUCACUCACAAGGCUCUGUUGCACAGCCUGCAAAGGAACAUAGGAAGAUAACCACGGAGGAUGUUAGUUCAAAGAGAGUAACCUCCAAGGACUCUGGCACCCAAUCAGAUAAAGAAAAGCACCUUACAUCUCCAAUUCAGAAGCCAAAGAGUACGAAUGAGUCUCUUAUUGAUAAAAAAUAUUCAUGGAAGAUAUCAUUUAAGUCCUCGGAAUUAUACAAGUACAAGACCAUUGCCAAGGACGAGACUCAUGACAAGGACCCUCUACAAAAGCCUGAGCUGAAGCUGGAACAACCCAGUGAUUCAACCUCUAUAAAUACUGAUGGUAUUGAAGUUAGAAAAUCACCUAUUUCUACAGCAAUGGAUGUAGAUGGUUUAGUUCCAAUGGAACUGCAUAAUGAUAAAGGUGGUACAGCCUCAACCAAGGCAGAAGAAACAGAACAUCCUCCUGGUAUGGAGGGGCAGAACCCCAACCAAAGAACCCGUCAGGAACAAAUCGGAGAGGUCCAGAGCGUGGUUGAUCUUGAGAGGGAUAGUAGCAUUCGACAGAAAAUGGAGAGAAUGCAAAUCAUAGUGGAUGAUACACACCUUGAUCAGAUAAAAAACAAUAUUCAUAGGGAAAAGAAAAUUAGGGUUAUCCAAAAAAGAAAUGGAUGUGAAGAGAGCACAGGGCCUAUAAGCAAUGACGGGGACAUGAAUAAUAGGGAACCACCACGCAAAGAAGGGAAGUUGCAGACAUUGGAUACUAAUGAACCCCAUUAUGCUGGAGAAGCCAUGAAGAACAAUGACCAAGAACGAGAAGAGGGAGAAAUUUCUGAUACAGAGCAGAAUGUUAUUAUUAGCGAAGAACUAAACAGGAGUCAAGGAAAUAGAAAUGAAGAGAUCAACAACCAGCCUCCUGAAAUUGAUUUGCUAACAGCCAUUCGAGAGACUGAGGUGCAAAAUGAUUGUUAUAAACAGUAUCUAAAGGAAGUGCCUCAACAGUGGGAACCUCUAAACAAUUUGAAACUGUACAAGGAGUAUGUUAAUUUGUAUGAGAAAAGAUAUAAUUGUUACAUGAGCAUCAGAAAAGUUCUUGAGAAGACAAUAGAGGAAUUUAAAGAGCUGAAGCGAAAUCUGGAUAAGGCAAAGCAUGAGAAGAACAGAAACCUGUUAAAACAACUUAAUCAAUCCAUUAGGAAGAAGCAUGCUGAGGUAGAGAAUAUAUAUUGUUCAAGGAGAAAAGCAUAUAUGAUACUGCACAAAGAAUUGGAUAACCUCAAAGGCUAUAUUCUGAGUUUCUAUGAGGCAAAUUCAAACGGCAUGGGCACAAGUGUGACUUCUCUGAUGGAACAUUAGACUAUCUUUUUCAUAUAUAUGGUUUGCAAAGUGUUGAAAUAUCAUAUUUUGGCUGGAUUGCAUAGGCAAUAUCCAGAUUCUGUGAUGUUUCUAAUAUGAGCAGAGACACCAUACUCUUAAAUCUCAUACUAGUCUACGCUUGUCUUUGAAAGUUAAAUUUUCCAGAGAUUUUAUGAACAUAAAUUUGAAGAAAACUUUCAUUAUGAAAUUUAUCAUAAAUUUUAAAAAUCAUUUGAAAUUUA